AUGACCGAUGUAGCUAUAGGGGCGCAGCCACGGCGACCACAGCUGAGAAUCGCGUGCGAAGAAUGCCGUCGAAAAAGGAUUAAAUGCGAUAGGGGAACACCGCAAUGCACGUCUUGUGCCACCUCCGGGAAGACUUGCAUUGUAAGAGACGACUGCCCGCGCAGAGGGCCAAAGAAGGGAUAUCUCAAGACUUUACAGAAUAAGAUAGAGGACCUACAGGCCCGGUUAAACGAGCAGCAAGAGGCAUCAGCUACUGAGACACGAACUUGUUCGCCAUCUCAAGAGGAAGUUAAUUCUGAUAAUGACAAUGGCAGCAGCAUGGACAACAAUGAAAUUCAGAGUACAGCCACCCCUAUAACACUUGGUGAUAUCCAGCUGUGGACGCAACCGUUGGAAGUCCCAUUCCCCAUGAUGCAACCAGGGCCAUGGGACUGUAUCGAGAACCCGUUUCCAAGCUCGGACUUCCCGGUAUUGGAUCAUACUCAAGAACCGGCUCCGUUUGCCGUGGGGGUUGGACUUGAUAUCACUCCCAUGAUGCAUAAUGACUUAGACCAGCUCUAUUUUGAUCGGGCCUAUAUGUUUGCGCCGAUAUUGCAAGCACAUCGCUACCGUUCCUGGUCCAAACAACCGAAUAAGAGCAAGCAGCAGACUUGCUUACAAUAUGCCAUGUGGACAUUGGCGGCAUCACUCUCCAGUCAGUUCCAGGUUGCCGUACGGCAAUUGUACAGCGAGGCAAGACAGCUUCUACAUAUAAUCGAGUCAGAAGAACCCUGUCACCAAGUAUCCAUCGAGCAGGCCCAGGCGUGGCUCUUGCUUGCGAUAUAUGAGCUGACAUGUGAGGACUACCACCGAUGGAUGAUGUCCGCUGGAACGGCCUUUCGCUUAAUCCAGAUGAUGAGGUUAUAUGAACUUGAUAUACACCAAAGCCUUUACACUACGCAGGCUCAGGAACAAUAUUCAGCGCAACUUAGUCCUUCGGGGCAGAUCCAAGAUGACUGGAUCGAUGUUGAAACGAAGAGGCGGACGUUCUGGCUUGCAUAUACAAUCGACCGCUUUACGAGUAUGGUCGAUGGAUUGCACAUGUUCUUCAACGACCGGAUGAUCCGUACCCUCCUGCCGGCUCCCGAGGCAAACUUUGCCAGUGGUCGUCCCAAAGAGAUGAGUUUUCUCACGGAUAUGGUCCGCGAUGCCGAUAUAGAGCGGCUGGACGAAGACUUGUCGUCCUUUACGGAAACCGUUAUCGUGGCUCACAUUUGUGGACGGGUCCUAGAACAUAAGCAGAGACCUUUGGCCAGAACCCGCGAUAAUAAUGUCGAAUUCUGCCGCCGACACCGAUGUAUUAAUGCGUUACUGGCGCAGCGCGUCGCGAUGCUGCGAAUGCAUGCCUCGGUAGAGCACUUGGACCCCGUACUUACCUUUACUGCUCUGGCGGCACAUAUCUCUGUGCUGAUGCUCUACGACUUUAUCGAAUCCAAGCCAUUGGGUACUAAAGCACAAGCAACGCAGCUUACUAAAGCUCUCCACGCCGAAUAUCAACAGCAAGCACUGGACGCUGUAGCCGAUAUACCUCCUCUGGUUUUCGCACUUGACCAGCACUUUCAGACACAUCCUUUGACGCCUAUCCUACUUCUUUUAGGUGCCAGAUUUUCGCAGUCGCACCCUGAGCUGAACGAUGUUUCCAACAAGCUCAUGCCUUGCAUCAUAACAAGAUUGCAGGCCUCGGUCAACCUGAAUAGGCUUUCGCAGAGUUUUCUUCAGCUCAUAGGACCUCAAACCGACAUUUAUGGUGCAUUCACUUAG